AAACAGUUGAGAAUCAUGAAAGUCAGAUUGUUCCUUGGUGUUCUGCUAUUACUAGACCUUUUAAGUUCCUGUUAUUCUUAUGAGACAAAUACUUUACCUGAUAUAGAAGAUAGACAGUUUAUUAAGGAGUGUGUGAAUGCUCAUAACAACUUUCGGUCCAAGGUGAAUCCACCAGCCAGCAACAUGCGUCACAUGUCCUGGGACUCUGCUUUAGCUAAGAGUGCCAAAGCAUGGGCAAAGCAAUGCCAAUUUGAUCAUAAUGGCUACCUUAAAAUACCAGGAAAAGUGCACCCUAACUUUACUCCAGUUGGAGAAAACAUCUGGACUGGCUCUCUCUCCCUCUUCUCUGUGAGUGCAGCUAUCAGCAAUUGGUAUAAUGAAGUCACAGACUACACUUUUGAGACCCGCUAUUGUACAAGAAUGUGUGGCCAUUACACCCAGGUUGUUUGGGCCAGAAGUUACAAAGUUGGCUGUGCAGUUCAGUUCUGUCCUAGAGUUACAGGUUUCAAAGGACUUACCAAUGGAGCACAUUUUGUUUGCAACUAUGCACCAGCUGGGAAUUCUCCGACACAGCCUUAUAAAACAGGAGCAGCAUGUAGUGACUGCAGUGGUGAAAAGUGUGUGGACAAGCUCUGUGAAAAUCCAGAACGUGAGACAUUGAAAAGUUACUCCAGUUGGUAUCCAGACUGGGACCGCUCCUUGUGUGAUCAAUACUGUAUUACUGUUUUAAUAGUAAGGCUACUGUCUGUGUUACUGAUUUUUGGUGCUGUCUUACUAGUACAAUGGCAGUAUCCCCAGAUAUUUAUAUAUGAGUAA